AGCAUCUGGGCUGCAGGGGGAAGAAGGACUAGGAGAGCUGGGCGAAGAGGCGACGGGACGCGCUGUGUCGGAGCACAGAUAAACUACUUGUGGCUUUUUGUGAAAGCUUUUUUUUAGAGAGAGAGGAAAGCUGUUUUCUCCCACAGAGACGUGGAAAUGGAAGCCUUGCGGUGCGUUUUUCUCCUGGCCUGUGCCUGCGUUGUUUAUCAAGCUGAUGGACGCCGAACAUACAAGGAUAUGUUCCCCCACAAGCACUCACUAGGGAAGUUUCCAUUUCCAAUCCCGCCUAUACCCGGCUGGAGUCCUGACACCAUCCCAUGGGAUGACUAUCUCUACCCGCCACUGAACCCAAAGUCAAACGAGUUCAUGCACAGAAAAGGGAAACCCAAGGUCAGACUGACCAGCGACAGCCCGGCUCUCAAUGGCUCUUGCAUCUCAUUCACCGCCAAGCUGGAGUAUCCUCCAUGCCAGAAGGAAGAUGCCAAUGGGGACCUUAUCUGGGAUGAGCACUGUGAAGAUGGUAUGGAGCUGGAGGCCUCAGCCAAUGGACAGGUUCGCAGUGGCUACGUGUACAACUGGACGUCCUGGUUGGACGACUACGGCUUCGGAAAGUGUACAGACACCACGAAAUGCAACGUGUUUCCCGAUGGGAAACCCUUCCCUCAGAGCAAUGACUGGAGGCGCAAGGGCUACGUCUACGUUUGGCACACAAUGGGCCAGUACUUUGAGACAUGUGACGGCUCGUCCUCCAGUUUGACCAUCAACACCACCAGCAUCCCUCUGGGAGCAGAGGUCAUUGAGGUUAUGGUCUACAGGAAGCGCGAGCGCAGGAAGUACAGCCCGCUCACCACCGACAACACCGUCUUCUACGUGACAGAUAAGAUCCCAGUGGCGGUCAACAUCUCCCAGAAGUCUGCCGGCGGCCAGCCCGACAAUGUUUUCUUCCGCGGUGAGGACGUGGUCUUCAAGGUCCAGCUCCACGACCCCAGCGGCUACCUCAAAACCGCUGCUGCCAUCGACUUCAUUUGGGACUUCAGGGACGGCAAUCAGCUAGUGACACACCGCAACGUAACCACACACGCCUACAGCUCGCUGGGGAAGAUGAGCGUGAAGCUGGUGGUGGAGGCAGCGUUUCCCGUGGAGUGCCCGCCCGCUGCCUCCACCCAGACUCCAAGAAGUCCCACAUCGCUUCCUCACACAGAGACUCCCUCAGCUGCCCCUGCUUCCCAUGCCGUCACCCCCAAGAUGGAGACCACGCAGGCGCCACCCAGCACUAGCCGGCCUUUCCCCCCCUCCUCUGCCCCCAUUUCCGUGACGACGGAGCUGACCACGGAGACCUUCCCUCCCUUCGAUUUCAGCACAACGCCGAAGUCCAGUAGCCUGGCCUGGCUCCGCACCAGGCGUCUCAACGCCAACGAGUGCUUCCGGUACGCCUACGGCAGCUUUGUUGGCAACAUCACCAUUAUCGAGCCCAAGCAACCAAUGAACAGUCUGCAGAACAGUCGCAUUGUGGAUGUGUCGGCUGCCAGAGUGACCAACACAGACAUCAACUUCAAGGUUAAAUGUCUGGGCAGCAUCCCCACCUCAGCCUGCACCAUCGUGUCAGACCCCAGCUGCACUCAGGUGGGCAGCAUCAUGUGUGACGACGUGCCGCCGUCGUCCCAGUGUGAAGUGCAUCUGAGGCGGAGGUUUCUGGAGCCUGGCACCUACUGCGUGAACAUCACCCUGGAGGACUCCAGCAGCCUGGCCCUGGCCAGCACCACCGUCACCAUCAACAAGUCCCAGGAUCCACCUGCGCCCAAGACUUCUCACACUGCAGGAGUGGUGAUCACCUCUAGUGCCGUGCUGGUGACCAUCUUCGCGUUCAUUGCCUAUCUGGUCUACAAGCGUUACAAGGUGUACCGGCCCAUCCGCAGGUCGCUGGUGGAGGACGCAUGCCCCCAUGCUGGCGUCGGAGGCCACAUGGUCCGCCUGAGGGAGACACUGUUCCCCUCCAGCGAGGAGAGCCGUCACCUGCUGACUGAAAGGCGCCCCCUGUAGGCGCCAUAGAGCCGCAUCAAUGCGCACUCAUUUGCUAACCUUGAAAAGAUCCUGUAAGUGUGGGUGAAAUCGUUAGAAAGGCAAAAUGGCAUGGAAUACAUAUUAGUAAAUAAUACUGAUGUCUUGUUUGUGUCUCAGUUUAGUUGUAUAAGAGCGUCGGCUUCUGCAAAAUCAGCAGUUUGCGAUGGAUAAAGUGGUUUUUUGAAGAGGCCGUUACAUGUCGGAGCAACUCAUUUUGUUGUUGCCUAGGAGAUUGUUUUUUUUUCUUCCUUUGAUUAAAAAUGCUUUCACUUUCGUGCCAAGGACUGCUUUAAAGCGCUGUCCCCUUAAUAACAUUAACUUACAGUUACAAAUUAAUUAAUUCCUUGAUAAACUUCCUCUUGUGCCGACCUGUGCAUGCUCUCCUCCCGUUCCAAAUUAAAACGGAAAUUUGUGGAAAUACAGAGAACAGUGAGAACGAAGUUAUUUGAAGAAAUUCAGUGAACAGUUGACAUGUCUCUAAUAAAGGUUGUUAACUAACCACUUCA